AUGGCAUUCACUCACCGACUGGCCAUUCUUCCUGGCGGCCUUGGUGGCCUUGGGUCCAGCAUUGGCCAAAAGCUCCGCCAACAAGGGGCAAGUUUGGCUAUCCUUUAUGCCCCGUUUGAAGCCUCCCGUCGCGAUGAACUCCUGGAAUCCGGAUACGGGGCAUACGGCAACCUAGACGAGAUUCGCACUUACGAAUGCGACAUCACUUCCCCGGAUUCUGUGAAGUCAGCUUUCAGUGCGUUGGAGAAUAACACUACUGUGCAGCGUUCAGGGACAUCAUCUACACCCGAGCAGGCUUUCCCAAGCAUGCUCAUCAACACAGCUGGAUAUGUAUCUCUCAGCGAUAUGGAGAUAACACCGCCAGAAGAAACGCUCAAGCAUUUGACUACCAACAUUUUCGGUCCAAUGCUCUGCUCACAAGCGUUUGCAAGGAUGUACAUUGCUGCCUCCGGCACUGCCAAAGGAUCUUCCAACUCCAACCCACCCGGACGAAUCGUGAGCAUAUCAUCACAAGCGGCACAUGCCGCGCUACAUCGACAUGGUGCCUAUUGCGCAUCCAAAGCUGGACUCCUGGGCUUGACGCGCAGUAUGGCCUCCGAGUGGGGUGGUAAGGGUAUCACUGCUAAUACGGUUUCCCCGACUGUUGCCUGGACAGAGCUUGGGAAGAAGGCUUGGGGGGAGGAGAAGAUUCGGAACGCUUUCUUAGAGAGCAUUCCCACCGGCAAGUUUGCACUCCCCGAGGAGGUGGCAGAUGCUGUGCUCUUUCUUUGUCAAGAUUCUAGUGGUAUGAUCAACGGCGCAGAUAUUCGAGUUGACGGCGGAUUUACGGUUCGAUAA